AUGGAUGUAGAACGCAGCUUUGUAAUGGCGUCAACUUCUAGCAACGGUACUCCGAGGGGUGCAGCAGACCCGGUGUGUCGUCCCCGGAUGGGCGUGCGAGACAUCGGGCGUCAAACGCCGUUGACCGCUUCCGUUACCCCCGUCAGGAGACUUCCGCCAUCGUCCGUUGUUUACAGCAGCGAGAGGUCGUUGCCGGAGAAGUUCACCAGCGCCAUCAGGAACCUGGGCCGAAAGGCGGUCGCUUUCAACCGUAUGAACUUGACGACGGCGGCCGUGACCGGCGGAUCAUCAUCUGGAGGAACCACGGCGGUGGACGACGAUGAUCUAGUUUUCUUCUCAUCAUCCAAUGCACACAGCAUGGCUAGUCGUUCCGAUCGUAAGUCGCCGGCCGAGCUAACGUCGGUUAAGGCGAAUCAUUUUGCAAGGAACCACCUCAGUUACAGCAAAAGCGCUGAAAAGCUCAGCUUCAACGGUUCUCUGACCCCAUAUCGUGAUCCGAAACAGAGCCAAUUGACGGCUACAGAUCGACAGAGCGGAUUUUGUCGUUUUCAGAGCGAUCUGCGACUGUCUCGCAACGAUGCCGAUCGUCAUUACGAAAAUCUGCCGGUCGUCGUUACUGCAAAGGCAGAACUGGCACAAAAAAUUAAAUCCAGAAAUGCCUGUUCGAAGAAUGAUCCAUUUUACAACGUCAACCCUUGCUGUUCCAGUAUGCACGAUCUGCCCUUGAAGCAGCAGGAGGAAACGGAAAGAAAUUUCGCCAAUAGGUUCCUCAAAGAGAAAGAUGGAAAUUCAAGAAUUACCAGUACUUCACCUACGGACAGCGGUUAUAGGUCGGUUCCCAGAAGCACGUUGACCACGGAAGACUCGACCAUGGCUGCGUCGCCAAACGGGAUGAGUUCGCAUGGUUACGCUAAUUUCAACGGGGCGGUGAUGACGACACUAGAUGAGCUGAGAAAGGGUCAGCAGAGCAGCAGGCCGACCACCGGUUUUGGCGAGUAUUGUGAGGGCACCGUUGCGUCUAAUGACAUUGAUCAGACGAACAGGGCAUCGUUAAUCAGAGGCGGAGGCUCAGAGGUUCGUAGUAUGUACCAGAAUGGGAAAUUCGUGCACGAAUGUUCCCCCGGAAGCUCGAUUGGGAUGAUCGACGGAAAACCGUCAGAGGGUUACAUAUUUCAAGGCGAAGACGCGGCGUUCCUAGAGAAUGGUGGCAGCAUUGAUACAUUGAGCACAAACGUAUCACUGCCAGAAGAGUAUGCGUUGGUGCGAUGUCCGAAGCUGGUCGAGCUGACGGGUACGCCAUGGACCGAAAAGACCAUCGUCGCACUGACAACCACUGGCCGUCUGAAAUUGUUUGCCGCCAAUCGAGUGACCGCCAGCGCCGUGCCAAAAAUUCAUCGUCACCUUCAGACGCUGUUCACAAGGAUCGCCAGGGAACUGCAACGGUUUUGUCGCCGUUUCAGUAAGUGCUCGAAGCACGACGUUCAUUACGCCACGAAGGUUAUAUUGCCGACCGGAGUGGCCGAAAACUGUCUGAAGGCAGCGGUUCAGGCGGUGACCAUGUAUACUAUGAGCGGUACAGAUUCUGUUAAACAGAGUCGCAGCAUGAACGCCGGAUUGACAUUUUCCGUGGGAAAGUUUUUCAGAUGGCUAUGUGAUGCGCAGGUAAGCAACUGAAC